AUGUGGCGGUGCUCGACGCGAUGGCUGUUGACCUUGGUGCUGUCUUUCCUGCGAGUUGUCGCAUAUACACCAUUGUCCGACGACACCAUCCUCAAUCGACUUCCCCUGCCGGACAUUGCUGAUUUUGAUACACGGACGGGCAAUAUAUUAGCACCGAUCUUGAUCCCGCGGGUCCCAGGUACGCCAGGGUCUGCACAAGUCCUCCAACACUUUGUAGACUUCUUCCGUACUUCCCUCCCUGACUGGACGGUGACUUUCCAGAACUCGACCUCGAAAACGCCUACACACGGGGCCAAGGAGGUUCCCUUUGUCAAUUUGAUUGCCACAAGAGAUCCUCCGUGGUCACGCCCGGGGGAUGUCGGUCGCUUGACACUGGUGGCCCACUAUGAUUCCAAAUACAAGCCCGAUGGCUUUAUCGGAGCCACCGACUCUGCUGCGCCGUGCGCCAUGCUCCUGCAUGCGGUCAGAGCGAUCGAUGCUGCCCUGACGAAGAAGUGGGAUUCUGUCCAGGCUCAGGAGGACUUGGAUUUAGAUUUUGCGGAAAACAAGGGCAUCCAGGUCCUGCUUCUCGACGGUGAAGAAGCUUUCCAAAGCUGGACCGCGACCGACAGCAUCUACGGCGCUCGAUCCCUUGCCGAAGAGUGGGAGAACACCAUGCACCCGGCCACGAGUAUCUAUAAGAAUUACCUCGACUCUAUUGAGCUGUUCGUAUUGUUGGACCUGCUUGGCUCACCAGAAGAUCUGCCAAUUCCGUCGUGGCAACACUCUUCUCACUGGUCAUACGUCAAGAUGGCAGAAGCCGAAGAGAGGCUGCGAGAUUUGGGCAUGUUCAAAAGCAGGUCACGGCGUAACUGGCUCCUGGACAAGGAUAAAAAGGAAACCGAGAUGUUCAACAGUUAUAUGAUGCAAGACGACCAUAUUCCAUUCAUCGCCAGAGGAGUCCAAGUCUUGCACCUCAUUCCCGCUCGCUUUCCGUCAGUGUGGCAUACUAUAAAUGACGACGCGGACCAUCUAGAUAUCGACGUGGUGAAAGACUGGGCUCUUCUCACAACUGCAUUUGCUGCUGAAUAUAUGGAGCUUGAAGGCUUUUUUGAGGCCCCGCCCUCGAGGAAAGUCAAGAGAACUAACGAGACUGUCAUAAGCAAGACAGAAUUGUGA